UAAACCCACGUUGAAAUUUUUUAUGUAACCUUUUGCAGGUUUGGUAAAAUUUUACCAAGUUUGCAAGCAUAUUUAUGCUUGAUGUCAUUAUUGAAAGUUAUUCUCAGGUUUAAAUUGCCAAAUCCACUUCAUUCUGUUUCAGAAUCCGUCACUUUAAGAACAAAACAAACCUUCGCGUCAUUUUCAUUCAGAGCAACAGCGGAAGUUAUUUCAAGCACUUCCGGAGCUCAUUUUCAGGCCAGACAACAUACAUUUUGUACAAUGCCGGCGAAGAAAGAAUUCAAGAGAUUACCGACAGACGUUAAACCAGAGAACUACAACCUGCGUCUACAACCAGAUCUACAAAAAUUCACCUUCAAAGGACAUGAAACCAUUGAUGUCAAGGUCGUAUCCAGCACAAACAGCAUUACUCUAAACAGUGAGGAGAUCGAGAUCCAGACAGCUUCAUAUAAAGCCGCAGAUGCUGGAGACCAGAGUGUGAAAGCGGAGGUGAAAUUUGAACCAGAGAAUGGAGUGGUGGUGUUAUCAUUCCCCAGUCCUCUCCAGCCAGGAAGUGGUCAACUGUCCAUUGAUUUCACCGGUCAGCUGAACGACAAGAUGAAGGGGUUUUACAGAAGCAAGUACACCUCACCCUCAGGGGAGGAAAUGUACGCAGCCGUCACACAGUUCGAGGCAACAGAUGCUCGGAGGGCGUUCCCUUGCUGGGAUGAACCAGCGGUCAAGGCCACAUUUGAUGUCACCCUGGUAGCUCCUAAAAAUAGAGUGGCUCUCUCUAAUAUGCCAGUAAAAUCAGAGAGUGAUUUACCUGAAGACAACACAUGGAAGGUGGUGUCCUAUGAGCGGACUCCCAUCAUGUCUACAUACCUCCUGGCGUUCGUCGUCGGGGAGUAUGAUUACGUGGAGGGUAAGGAUGCGGACGGGGUGUUGGUCCGAGUCUACACCCCUGUGGGGAAGAAGGAACAGGGACAGUUUGCCCUAGAAGUGGCUGUGAAGACCCUCCCAUUUUACAAGAACUACUUUCAGAUUGCGUAUCCCCUACCAAAAAUAGAUCUCAUUGCUAUUGCUGAUUUUGCUGCAGGUGCCAUGGAGAACUGGGGACUGGUGACGUACAGGGAGACAGCUCUGUUGAUUGAUCCUAAGAACUCCUCCUCCAAAACCAAGCAGUGGGUGGCUCUAGUGGUGGGGCAUGAGCUGGCUCAUCAGUGGUUCGGAAAUCUAGUCACUAUGGAAUGGUGGACACACCUGUGGCUUAACGAGGGAUUUGCGUCCUGGAUUGAGUACCUGUGCGUGGACUACUGCUUCCCUGAGUUUGAUAUCUGGACACAGUUUGUCAACCAGGACUUAGGCCGGGCCCUGGAGAUGGACGCUCUACAUAACAGCCACGCCAUAGAGAUUCCAGUUGGACACCCAGAUGAGGUAGAUGAGAUUUUUGAUGCCAUAUCCUACAGCAAGGGGGCGUCGGUCAUCAGAAUGUUACACAACUACAUCGGAGAUGAAAGCUUUAGGAAAGGAAUGAACCAAUACCUGACCAAGUUUAAGUAUAAUAACGCCAUAACCGAGGACCUGUGGGAAUCCUUAGGAAAAGCCAGCGGCAAACCGGUGCUGGACGUCAUGACAACGUGGACCAAACAAAUGGGUUACCCGGUAGUCAAGGUUAGUGAGAAGCAAGAUGGCAACAGUAGAGUUUUGACGUUGACACAGGAAAAGUUCUGUGCUGAUGGAGUGCAACCUAAAGACGGAUCCUUCUCCUGGAUGGUGCCGAUUUCCAUCAGUACGUCCAGUCAACCCGACAAACCAGCAGUCGUCACACUUCUAGACAAACCAACAAUAGAAGUCACUGUUCCCAACGUCAAACCUAAGGAGUGGGUCAAGGUGAAUAUGGAGUCUGUAGGGGUAUACAGAGUUCAGUACACAUCAGAGACCCUGGACAAAUUCAUACCAGCCAUCAAAAACAAGAACCUCCCUCCCCGAGACAGACUCAGUCUACAGAGCGAUCUGUUUGCACUCGCUAGAGCUGGGAUGAUUUCGACGGUAGACGUUCUAAAGGUUGUGGGAUCCUUCGUUAACGAGGAUAACUACACGGUGUGGAGUGACCUUGCCAGUAACCUGGGACAGAUCAGCAUUCUACUACAGAACACAGACGGAUUCGAGGACUUCAAGGCCUUCAACAGGCGACUGUUUAAACCUGUGGCACAGACUCUGGGCUGGGACCCCAAAGAUGGAGAAGGACCUCUGGCUGCUAUGUUGAGGGACUUGGCUCUGACCAGACUUGGUAAAUACGGAGAUGAAGAGACGGUGUCUGAAGCAAAGAAAAGGUUUGAGGCCCACGUCUCGGGAAAGGCUCUCCUCCCCGCAGAUCUGAAGACCCCGGUUUAUAUUACAGUGAUGGCAAACGGCAGUGAAGAUGAUUUCAACAAAAUGAUGAAGUUAUACGAUGAAGCAGAUAUGCAGGAGGAGAAGAACCGACUGAGCCGAUGUAUGGGGUCCAUUAAGAGUGACGAUCUGAAGAAGAAAGUGCUAGAGUUUGCAAUGUCUGACAAAGUGAGAUCCCAGGAUACCGUGUUUGUGAUCGGCGGAGUUACGGGGACUGUCCAGGGGAGAGAAAUCUGCUGGCAGUUUGUCCAGGACAAGUGGUCAGAGCUCCACGAGAGAUACAAGGGGGGAUUCCUUCUGUCUCGUCUUGUGGAGCUUUCAACAGAGAAUUUUGUCACAGAAGCACGGGCCAAAGAAGUAGAGAAAUUCUUUGAGGCUCAUCCUGCACCGGCAGCAGAAAGAAAAGUCCAGCAAUCCGUUGAGAACAUCCGACUGAAUGCCAAGUGGAUGGAGAGUCAGGCCGACAAGGUCGUGGAUUUCCUCCGCAGUCAGUGAACAAAUCCGACAAGAUCCGACCAGAUGUGUAGUGCUUAUAAAGCAACAUUCCUGAUUUAAUUGUCAAUAAACCAGUAUUAUUGAUCAGUCUUAUAACAUUUCUGAUUGUGGGUCCAUGAUCAAAAUUAAGAAGGUACCAAAUAAUACGUGCUAAGAACAUUAAUUGUUCUAUAAAAACUGUUGAUUGAUCAAAACAGUUAUGUAACAAUUAGUUUAUCAUCAAGUAAUGGUAAUGGUAAAAAAAAUCUAAAUGACUAAAGUCUUCAGAUCCACUGAAAUAAAAAUAAAAAA